GACCAAUCACCACCGACUCCGUCUAUGUCUCUAUUUAAUUUAAUUUUCUCCUCCCCGCCGCCGUGCAAACCAAACAACCGUCGCGCGCGACUGCCGACUAGUCCCCUCCGGCCACCCGUUUUGUUUCUCAUUGCAGCUAGCCCGGCCCUGAUGAUGGUGAUUGAAUGCCUUCCCCAGAUUUCUCAUCUCUUAUGUUCUGUCUUCAAUCUGCAGGAUCCUCCAAGAAGAGGAAAAGCAUCGAUUGGUCAACUUCUAGAUGACAUCUUAAUUGACAUUCUCAGUAGGCUUCCUGCAGACACUGUUUUACGAUGUCGCACGGUGUGUCAGGACUGGAGAAGUUUGACAUUGUCCCAUUAUUUCACCGGGUUGCAAGCCGAAAGAGCUCCUUCUGUUGUCAUUGUGCAAGGUAUACAAUUGGGACUUCACAAGAAAUCUGAUGAUUACUAUAUUUAUGAUGCAGUUUCCAAAAAGUUGAGACACAUUCCUUUCAAUCUCAACAUCUACAAAGGGUUUUAUUUUCCAUCCUUUCGCGGUGCAUGUGGCGGUCCGUUUCUUCAUCUUAAAAGUUACGCGACGCUUUGGAAAGAUGGUACAAACAUCUUUUCCUCUCAUCCAAUCAAAUGCGACUUUGUUUUCAACAUCAUCACUCAACAACUUCUAGGAGUUCGGUCUGAACUCCAAGACUUUGUGUGUGGUGUUUACUUUCACAAGGCGACAAAUGAAUGCAAUUACCUGUGCGUGCGUCGCGUUUCUGCCGAGGAGAGGUGUUUUCAGUACUUUUCAUACAACAUCGUUUCGCGCACCACGAAGAAAAUUGCUUGUAGUCGUUUCUCUUGCAGGCAAGACGCAAACAACUAUCCAGUAGCUUUAAACGGAGCGCUCCAUAUGAUGACGUGCGACGAUUGCAUGCAUGCAGUGUUGGUAUUCGAGAUCGACUCGCGAAAACUCUACGCUUUGCCACACCCAGAAGUUGAAUGUGUUGAUGGGCAAGUGGAUAGUCAUAAGCUCAUGACUUUGUUUGUUCAUGAUGGACACUUGGGCAUGUGCCAUGCACGUGACUUAGGAGUGGGACGUUUCGACAUAUGGAUUCUGGAGGAUUAUGCGAAAUGGCGCUGGGUUCGAAAGGCCAGGUUUACUCUUCGAAAGCCGAGGUUUGGCCUUGAUACUAUGAGGGAUAUGCUUGUGGGUGGUUGUUUCAUGGUUUCGAGCGUCGGAAAGGACGAGUUGUUUAUAGGUUGGUUUUCACGUUUGUUAUUGGUUGUCAAUGUGAAGGAGCAAAGUAUUAAAGAAAUUAAAGUGCCACAUAAAUUGAAGUCGGCCAAUAUUCGUCGUUGUGCUGCUUACACCAGUAGUCUCGUGACUCAUCAUGGAGAAAAUCGGCGACACAAGGCUCCCUUCGGCGAUUCACUUUUUCCGGCCAAUAUGGCCGGCCAACGGCCGCCGGAUCCCUCCCAUCACCCUCCUGACGUCCCGGCGAUUCCAUCGAGCCAUCACACGCCGGAAACCACCACUGGAAACGUCCCAGGCGCUGUAGCGAUCGUGGCGGCUCUGCCACCAUUUUUUCCGGCAUCUACAGGUCCCGGCGGUGAUCCCCUUUCAUCUCAAGUUCUUCCCCUUCCUCAGACGACUCCAUCGCACCCAUUUGCAGCCUCAUCAGGCGCUGGAAUGGGGUGCACCAGUGCUGCGGCCAUGGCGGGUCUUCCCGUCGGGUCGCCACCUCCUUCUCUGUUUCCAGGGCAAUACUGCGUCGCGCAGCUCCCCCACGUGCCUCUCCCGGUCUUUACGAGUGCAGCAAGCCAUGCUCCAUCAAUUUUGGUGACCGAUUUCCUAAAGGUCAAGGUCCCUAUCAACUCUCUUAACUAUUUUAAUUGGCAAGACAUCCCUGGUGCAGUUCUUAAAGGUUUGGUAGAUUCGGAGCAUGUCAUAAUGCAUGUUCCUGUGCCAUCAUUGUCUCACUACCAACGCCUUAAUGUCCCGGGGGCUGUCACCCUUGCGUUAGUUGGACCAAAUGGAUGCCCCUACGGUGAGUACCCAGAUGGGGAGGUGCUUCGACCCAUUGCUAACCCCCAUGUGUUUAAACCCAUUAAUUUGGAGCUUCCUCGUGAAAAAGAAGCACGACUUGCCCAAGAAGCUGCAAAACGAGCUGUGCAUGAUCCCUCCACUAUGAAUGAGGCGCUGGUCCAGUUUUCAAAAGCACAAAUCAGCAUUUUAGGCCCUGUUUCUUUGCAUGAAGCUACGGCAGUAGAUACUGCUCCAACGUCCAUGCAUGCACCUCAUGCUCAAGCACGGCCGGGGGGAAAAAGGGUAGCAACUCCACGACAAGAAGGUCCACACGGCAUACCUAAGUCUUCCUUUGCCCAAGUCGUGGCUGGUCCUUCUAUGGCUGGCACGUCAAAAUCCUUUGCACAAGCACUCACUAGCUCAACCAAUCCAGCCUUUGUGCCCACUUCUUCCCAUCCCUCCCCGAAUGUUGUCAUACCUGAUGCUUGCUUAGUUCCUUCUACUGUUGUUAACGCCACUCCUCCCACAUCGGUUGUGGUUGAACAGUCGGCGUCUCAGGCUUUAGAGCCAUCUGUUCCUCCUACCGGAGUUGAGCAAGGCCCCGUUGUUGCUUCUCUUCCUCUCUCUACUUCUUCUUCUUCUAUUGUACAUGUUCCCGAUCCUCAACUUCCCGAGCUGGCUCUGGCUAUGUCUAAUACUUUUGAUGCUUUGGGGGAGAUGCCUGGGGACAGUCAUGAGGACUGCGACUUUAAUACUGUUGCAUCCUCCAUUCCUUCCGAUUCGGUAAGGAAGGAGGAUGACGAUUGUAGUUCGCAGACUAGUGACGGGUCCAUGGGUGAUCAUUUUGAGGAUCUGACUGACAUUGCCCGGGAUCUUGCAGCGAGUGGUGUCUCUCCUGCAAGGGAGGCUCCGACCACAAGGGUUGAUUCUCCUUUUAUUGGGGAGGAUUAUACCUCGUUCAACAAUCGAGUGGGCGGCGUGGAGGUUCGGAGCCGGCUUGACCGAUUGCUGUUUAACCAGUCGUGGAUGGAUAUGUUCUCUUGUUUGGUGCAUCACUUGGAUAGAGUUGGAUCUGAUCAUGCUCCUCUGUUGGUGGAGUGUAAGUCUCAUGAACGUCCUCCUGCACGGCCUUUCACUUUCCUUAAUGUCUGGACAGAGCACGAGGAUUUUCAGAGAGUGGUGGCUGAUUCUUGGCGGGAGGACAUUACUGGCAGUCCCAUGUUCGUAUUUGGUGCAAAGCUCAAGCGUCUGGCACAUAGCUUGAAGAUAUGGAACCGAGACACCUUCGGUCACAUCUUUGACAGCUUGAAGCGUCUGGGGCCUUUUAUAAGGCCGCUUGGACGAUCAUUUACAUGGACUUAUUGGCGAUGGUGAAGGCUUUUUUCUUGGGCCACGAUCUGACUCGUUCUCUCACGCAUACUUCUAUUGUUUUGUUGCCCAAGAAGCCCAAUCCUAUGACCUUUGCGGACUUUAGACCCAUCAGUUUGUGUAAUUACUGCAAGAAGAUCAUCACGAAGAUUAUGGUGGUUCGCUUGGCUUCUGUGCUUCCUCGGUUGCUCUCCCCACAUCAGAGUGGGUUUGUGGCGGGGCGUUCUAUCACUGAUAAUAUUCUUUUGGCCCAGGAGAUGUGUCACGGG